AUGGAAAAUACAAUCCUCUCCCAUCGACAGAGUCUUGCCGAGAUACAAACCGAACUGGACGGACUGGACGCCACUCUCACCGUCGGUGAGGCAACCAAGCGAUCUGAGGCAAUCUCGUGUGCUCUAAAAGUCGGCACAGACAGUCUCUAUAAUCUUUCUGCGCUUAUCAGUGGUGACUUUGAACUUACUCACGAUGAUGGACGACUCAAAGUGGCUCUGGACGGCCUCGUCACGACGUUUGACCACGUCACCGAACUUGCGGACAGUCAACUGGCAGAGGUCGGACGCCUCCACUCCAAUGCUAUCGAGUUGAGAAAUGCCAAACUUCGGCCUCUGCAAGAUAAGCUUGACGAGUCCAAAUCUGAGCUAGAAGCCCAGCUUACAGCAAAUCGAGAAGCCAUCACAGCCACCUCCAACGCAGUUAAUACCUUUCAAAAGUCGGUCGACACGAUGAACAGGGCCCAUCGCUCUCUCCAAGAUAAACUAUCUGAUUCGGAGAGGACGCACGACACCGUCAACAUUGCCGUGAGCAUUCUGAUACCGAUUUGGGGCGUUGUCGGUUUGAUUGAUCCGACUUCAUCCCCCGGCGCGGUGUUUAAGCUGCGCAAAUGUGUCAGGGAGACUCGUGACGCGCUUCACAAAGAAAAAGCGGCCUUGGAAAAGGCGGAGGAGAGCCUGAAGACUGAAAGAGGACAGCAGGACGAGCUCGAUAAGCAAGUCUCGCGGCUGGAGGACAUGCUAUCCGAGAUCGCACCCCUGGAGGACCAGGUGACAGCGACCAUUGAAAAGACGGAUAUGCUGCAACAAGCCAUUAUCGUUGUCAAACAGCAGCUAGCGGCUGCUGCUCGGCGUGCCGCACAGCUGAGCAAUACGGUGUUGAUCACAGCCCAUGCAUCAUCCACCAAGCAGGAGAUUUGCACCGGUAUUCUCGACAUAGCUGAGCAGGUGCCGUUAAAUUUCAGAAACUCGAAUGAAAUGAAGCUCCUGCUCAAUGAGCUUCUCAGCGGCUAUGGGAGCGCAGUCGUUCCAACGGCCAUUGAGAGUCGCGCAAACGAGCUGCUUGGGGCGGCGGCCAAGUAUCCGAGCAUCGAGUGGCAUCCCACAGAGGUAGUCACCGAAUCAUGA